AUGACAUCAAGAAGAGUAGAACCCUCCGGAGCAAGUCGAGCUUCAUCUCAAGCAUCGACUGCAAGCACAAUGGCUCCUUCUGUAUGUGCAUCUGUUAAGAGAAAAUCGGUGCAAAUUGAAGCACCUAUUGAUGAUGUGGAUAUUGAUCUAGCUGUAAUAGGAGAUUUUGAUGUCUCAGCUUCAAGUGAAGAAGCUGAAGCAACUGAACGUCCUAAAAGCCAAAUGGAAGCACCACCUCCUGUUAUUCCAUCUACUAAGAUGAGGAAAACAUCAGCUGUUUGGGAGUGUUAUCCCAAAGAUAAGUUUGUUACUAUUGGCUAUGCUACAUAUGCGGUUUGCAAGAAGAAAGCAAUGGGGAAAGACUUGGUCGUAGGGGGACAAACAAUUUUGGGGUUUGAGCGUUCAACCUUAGGGGUGCCUACUCCAACUGUGGUGAAAACAAAGACUAGUUAUGAGCAUCCGAAGGUUCGAGAGGCAUUAGCCCACAUGGUUAUGAUAUCAGAAUUGCCGUUUAAUUUUGUCGAGCACCCUGACUUCAUUAAUUUUUGUCACGUUCUGCAACCUCUUUAUGAAAAAGUUGGAAGAAAGCAAGUAAAAGCUGAUUGCUUUAGGGUUUAUCAAGCAGAGCGUGAGAGAUUGAAGAAGGUUUUUGAGGAGACUAGAAGGAUCAGUAUUACUACUGAUCUUUGGAAGUCAGAUCAUCAAAGUAUUGAGUACAUGGUACUCACAGCGCAUUGGGUGGACCAGUCGUGGUCCUUAAAUAAACAAAUUAUAAAUUUUGUGCACCUACCUCCACCUAGGAGAGGAAUAGACAUUGCAGCAGCAAUAUUUGACUGUCUAAAGGGUUGGGGGAUUGAACAUAAGGUGGAAACUGUCACAGUUGACAAUGCUUCUGCAAAUGAUAAUUGUGUUAAAAGAUUGAAAGAAGAUUUUCAAAUGCAGAGAUCACUGUUGUGUGAUGGAAAACUUUUCCAUGUUAGGUGCACUGCCCAUAUUGUAAAUUUGUUAGUUCAGGAUGGGGUGGCCGUGAUUAAACCCAUCAUAGACAAUGUUCGGGAAAGUGUGAAGUUUGUAAAAGCUAGUGAGGCAAGGCAAAAAACUUUUGCCAAAAUUGCUAUGCAGUGUGGAAUUAAAGAGAGGAAAUUAGUUUUGGAUUGUGCUACACGAUGGAAUAGCACAUACAAAAUGCUAAUGACAGCACUGCAGUUUAGAGAAGUCUUUCUUCGGUUUAUGUUUGUUGAGUCGAGCUAUAUAUAUUGCCCGACAAGGGAAGAGUGGGAGAGACUGGAGGUCGUCUGUGACUUUUUGGAAAUAUUUGAUGAUAUAACAAAAUUAAUUUCUGGGUCACAGUAUACCACUGUAAAUAGAUACUUUCAAGAAGUGUUUAGGAUAAAAGAGGUCUUGAGAGAGUGA